AUGAGCAGUCCUCGCAUUAUCACUCCUCGUCAGUAUGGCGGCGGGCAUUUCGGUGCGACGACCGACAGGCGGCGCUCAGAGAUGCGCAUGCCGCGCUUCUUCAAAAGGCUGUUCAAGUUUCCUCAGAUGGACUUCGAAAUGGCCGUGUGGGAGAUGACACAUCUACUCAUCGCACCCAAGAAGGUGUUCAAGUCAAUUUACUACCACAAGCAGACGAGAAAUACCUGGCACCGUCCUGAUCCUUCAUUCACCUACCUGUUAUCCUUCUUCCUCCUCCUCACGUCUUUUGCCUGGUCGUUAGCGUACACGCCGUCCUUCGCCUCUGUCAUCAAGCUGGCCUUGAUGUUCGUCGUUGUCCAUUUCCUCUUCGGCUCAUUAAUCGUGUCGACAUUGGCAUACUACGUCGUCGGGCGGCUCCUAGGCCCAGGAAUUGCAGGACUGCCGGGUCGGAGGCGCCAGCAGGGACUCUUUGGCCCGCCGGGAGGAUCCAGGGGUGCAGAUGCCCUCGAGUUUGGAUACUGCUUCGACGUGUCCAUACGAGCAUUCUUCCCACCUUACGUCUUGCUCUAUAUCAUCCAAUACAUCCUUAUGCCUGUUCUCAACCAUCCCAACCGCGCUUCGACUUUCUUCGCCAAUCUGCUCUAUCUGGCGGCGGGGUUGUAUUGGACCUUGAUUACCUUUCUGGGCUAUAACGCACUGCACUUUCUCAGCCAUACUCAGCUUCUACUGUCGCCUAUGGCGGCUUGGGUUGUUAUAUGGCUAAUCUGCACAAUCCUCGGUAUAAACCUAACGACUUGGGGAACGAGGUGGAUGUUCUUGGGUGUCAAAGGUUGA